ACAGAUGACUUUAUACUCCAAAUUCAAUUGUCCUAAUAAGCCCAUUCAGCUACCAAACCAUUGUUCUGUUUGCCCCUCCCUUCUAACUGUCAAUAACGGUAAUUUAUCAUCCAUUCAAAACCAAGAAAAGAUGAACUAAACAAUAAGCCUCCAAACUCUCUCGUCCAUUCAAAAUCUCACCGGAGCAGAUGUCCAAGGCGGUGGUUUGCACCUUUCUUGCCGCCACCGCCUUCACCCUCUUCAUAGUUUGCUUUCAGAGCAACAAAACUAUCCACAGACACCACGGGCCUUGUGGCCUUGGUCGUCGUUUAGGAUACAAAGUUCCGCCUCCACUUUUCGACCCUUUGGUCGUUAAAAUAGAGAGAUUCGUCGAAGAGAAAGGUUUGAAUGACUGGAAAACGCCCACCCAUUGGGAAAACCUCCCAGUUCCCAAAGAGCUGGAUCAAGAGGGCGUGGCCGAUUUCUUGAGCGACGAGGGGACCCUAAACAUAACCCUGAGAUUGACAUAUUUGUUUCCAUCUCUUGACAAAAAUCCAGAAGAUGGUUUUGUUGAAUCCAGGGAACUCGAAGCGUGGAUCAUGCAACAAGCAAAUGACCGCCUGACUUUUCGGGCAGGGAAAGAAUUGGCAUCGCGUGACCAGGAUGGAGACGGAGCCAUUUCCUUCCGAGAGUACCUCCCUCAUUUUACUAACGAAGAUAUAGAGAGAAAUGGAAUGGAGCACGGCGAAGCCGGGUGGUGGAAGGAGCAAUUUAGAAAUGCUGACGUUGACCAGAAUGGACUUCUCAAUUUCACUGAAUUCAAAGAUUUCUUGUACCCAGAGGAUAGCAGCAAUGAAGAGAUUCACAAAUGGCUGUUGAGAGAAAAAAUAAAGCCAAUUGACUAUGAUCACGAUGAUAAACUCAAUCUGGAGGAGUUCAGAAAUGGGGCAUAUGAUAUCUACAAGAACUACGUUGAAUUCGAAAGCGGGGGUGCUAAUGUACCUUCCCCUGAAGAAAUGUUCGAAGCGCUUGAUGUCAAAAAGGACAAAUUACUAGGAGUGGAAGAGCUGAAACCCAUAUUCCAAUACCUGAGCCCUGGAGAACUUUCCUAUGCCAAAUAUUAUGCCAGUUAUCUGCUUCACGAGGCUGAUGAUGACAAAGAUGGGAAACUAACUCUGCAUGAGAUGAUAAAUCAUGAAUACAUAUUCUACAGCACUGUCUAUGAUGAUACCGAUUUUGAAGACGACGACGAUGAUGAAGAUCUUGAACAUGAAGAACUUUGAUGCUUGUAAAACAGAGGGGAUGCCUGCAAGAAAGGAAAGGAGGAGAAGAAGGGACAUCUGUUUUGUUGAGUGCCUGUACCUAUUUGAAACAAUGAAUGAGAAUCACUACUAUUUAUUUUUAUUUUUUUUUGAAUGUCACUUGGAUUAAACAAAAGCUCAGAGCAAGUCUGUGUACAAGAUAGAUUGUAAGUCGGACGGAAUACAACCCGUUUGAAAUAUAAAAA